AUGACUUUGAUUAUUAAAUGUGUUGAUGUUGCAAAUGUUCCAAUAAAAGUAGAAGAGUUUUUUUUAGAGUUUUUAAUGGUAGAAGAUACAUCCGGUUUAGGACUUUUUAAUGUUUUACAAAAUGCUUUAAAAUCUCUUGACUUGAAUAUUAAUUGUAUUCGAGGACAAGGAUAUGAUAAUGGAGCAAAUAUGAAAGGCAAACAUCAAGGUGUACAAAAAAGAUUGCUUGAUAUAAACUCAAGAGCUUUUUAUAUGCCUUGUGGAUGUCAUAGUUUAAAUUUAGUUUUGUGUGAUAUGGCAAACUCUUGUCAUAAAGCUAAAACAUUUUUUGGUACUUGUCAAACAAUAUAUAAUGUUUUUUCUAGCUCCACACAUAGAUGGAGUGUUUUACUUGACCAUGCAGAUGAGUUAACCCUAAAAUCAUUGUCUACUACUCGUUGGGAAAGUCACAUUGAAAGUGUUAAAGCAAUAAAAACUCAACUUUUUCAAAUAAAAGAAGCAUUAACAAAAUUAGCUCAAGUGAGUGAUGAUGGUAAGGUUUGUAGAGAUGCGGAAUCAUUAGUAGAUGGUGAAUUUUCUAAUUUUGAAUUUAUUUUAAGUUUAGUGAUAUGGCAUGAAAUUUUAUUUAGAAUUAAUUUGGUAAGUAAAAAAUUACAAUCCAAAGAUAUGAUUCUUGAUGUUGCAAUAAAAAAUUUAGAAGGAUUAGUUAAUUAUUUUGAAAAAUAUAGGGAAAAUGGGUUUGACACUGCUAUUAAUGAGGCUAAAAACAUAGCAGAAAAUAUUGGAGUUGAACCAAAAUUUCCUAUCAAACGUGUUUAUAGUAGAAAAAAACAAUUUGAUGAAGUUCCAAAUACCGAAAGAGAACAACAAUCAUCUCAAGAAAAAUUUAGAACUGAUUAUUUUAUUGUUAUAGUAGAUAUGGCUCUAACUCAAUUGAGAAGUAGAUUUGAGCAAAUGCAACAUUUUGAAUCUAUUUUUGGAUUUUUGUUUGAUGGUUCAAAGUUAAAAAUUUUACUUGAUGAUGAAUUAAAAAAAUGUUGUAAGAAACUUGAAACUAGUUUGACAAAUGGUGAGGAACUUGAUAUUGAUGGAAAAGAUUUAUUUAUUGAGUUACAAGUUUUGCAGGAAAUGUUGCCGGAUGAAGCAUAUAAAGGUGAACUUCCUUGGACAGCUAUUCAAAUUAUGGAGUUUGCAAAGGAGAUGGACAUGUUUCCCAAUGUGUUGGUGGCAUAUAAAAUUUUGUUGACGGUACCGGUCACAGUUGCUUCCGCGGAAAGAAGUUUUUCGAAAUUGAAGUUAUUGAAGUCAUAUCUUCGAAGUACCAUGACUCAAGAAAGAUUAAAUGGAUUAGCAAUUUUGAGUAUUGAAAGUCAAUUCCUACGAAGUGUUGAUUAUGAUAAAAUAAUAGAUGUUUUUGCUUCAAAAAAUGCAAGGAGGCAUCGUUUUAGAUGA